AACCAUUCCCCUCGCCAGCCGACCCACACAAGACACAUUUGAGCUCAGUUCUCUCCCUCUCCUCUGCACAACCUCAGAUAUGCUCAGCACAGAGCGGAUUCAACACACUACAUCAGGAACUAAACACGGUCCUCGAAAAGAGCACAUCUCAGUAUCACUGUCUGGCUCAGGCUGUCAGGCUUAUUCAAGCCCUCCGCCCCGUCCCUUGAAACGUGCACACAUCCUCAGGAAGAAGAGGUCAGCAGUGAUGAUGUCACAGUGUUUACGAUGAAGAGCCUGUUGUCCGAGUGCGAACACGUGCCUGUUAAGGGACAGUGUAGGAGUUCCUUGUGGAUGGACUGAACAAUGCAGGGCGAUGGCCUCUCCUGUGCAGCUGUUCAUGAGCUUGCCUCAUCUGGACUAGGAGCGGAAUUCAUCUGACACUCGCACGGACUCACACACACCACUAAAAGCAUAAACACACUGCUUAGCCAUGUACAGCGUGGAAGACCUUCUCAUCUCUCAUGGAUACAAAGUCCCACAAAGGAACAGCAACAAUGUCCCCGUCUCACACUCGUCUUCCCCCCACCCUGCAACCUAUGAGAAAUGUCUGCCGUCACGAAGCGACAGCCGGUGUGAAAUCGCUGAGAAGCGGAAAGGACACAGCGGCGUGAAUGGCUACGAGGGGGACCAUGUUUACAGCGGUGGAGGCAUCAGACAAGCUCCUGCCAGGGGAUUCCCCGGUGACGCCGAGAACAGGGUCAGGAAGCAGAGGACACAAGACGUGGACAACGGUAACCUGGGAGAUGGACGUUUGCCAGAAGACAGCCUGACCACGGACAGUGGGUUUUUUGAGACCCACAGAGGAAUACAUUCUCAGCCUAAAUCUGAGCAGGAUGUGUCCUACUGGCGGAGAAGAGGUCAGGACUUUAGUGUGCUUCUGGAUUAUGCAGACUUGAGGGAUCCACGUGGAAGUGGAGGAGGGGUUCCCAACAAACCAGAGGGCAUGCAGCGGAGGCCAGAAUCUGCCUUAAGCACAGAGGAACACAACCGUGAAAGACAAAGGCGGGCAGAGAGCGCACGUGCCAGAGAGAGAGAGAUGGCCCUCCACCAGUGGAGAAUUGCAGCUGAAAGGAAGUACCAAAGUUUGGGAACAGAGGAGUGGCGUCCAAUGACUAGCAUGAGCCGUCAGCCAUCUGAGAACGAGGUGGCACAGGAGCAACGUAGGCCACGAACUGCAGAAGGAGCUGUUCCACCCAGAACCAAAAACAAGUCACAGUCACUGCCCAGAAUGGCUCUGCAAUCUGAAAGCCUCCAGUACUUCAGCAUACCAACUGCUGGGCAAGAUUCAUAUGGGAGCUAUAAGUUAAACGGUCACCACACACGAGACCCUCAUGGACGCCAUCUUAAUGAUAAAGAGAGCAGGUUGCGGUGGACUGACCGAUCAGGUGCACAGUCUGCACCACUAUCAAAACCGAGAUUCAGCCGACCUCUCCGACCUCCAUCUUACGAAGUGCACCAGCAGAUGCGUGGGAGCGCAGAGAUGCUCACAGGGGAGCUUGUUCCUCGUGCCAGAGACAGAACUCCACUGCCCUUCUCAAGGCAAGAGUACUUUGUACAAGAACUUGGUGGUUCUGGUGUAGAGCCCCCUGGUUAUAUCCCUCCUCCAUCCUACAGGAGGCAGCCUGUAGUUAAAGGGGGUCACAGAACUUAUCCUAUUUCAAUGGCUAACCACCAGUACAGAGGUGACCCUUAUAUGCCGGGCUCUGCCAUGACAGAAGUGCAGGAAUGGUUUAUAAGGCAGACUGGGAUGGCUUGGCCAGACCAUUACAGAGAUGGAAGAAGAAGUAUGCCCUGCAGGAGACAGGCAUAUCCAGGCUACAGUGAAGAACGGAUGGGUAAUGUUCAGUACAUUCCCUUUGAUGACCCCCGUGUCAGACACAUUUCAGGAGCAGGGAUAGAUGGGAACUCGUUGACGGAUGCAGACAAAAUCAGAAAUAUCAGAAAUGAGAUUCCGGUCAACCUCAUAUCUGAAAAGUCUAAUGACAGUGCCUUUUCUCUCACAGAGAAACCCUUUGACCGCACUGAACCAAGUAAAAGCAAUAUUAGUGACUCUGUUAAUGAGGACAGUAUGCACAAGGAAGUGUUGAAGGAGACGGAAAAUUCAAACACAAUACCUGACCAAAACUGCAACAGGCAUCCAGCUGCCCAUGGCAAUAUAGUUGCUAUUCAGAUGACAACGCAUCAGAACUCCAACUCAAACCAGGGUUUGAUUGAGACAGUGACACAAGUAAAGAAAUUUGAGGCAAAAACUGUGGCUGAGAAUAAGAAAAACUCAAAGAAGAAGCUGAAAGAGACAAUGUUUUGCCUGGUUUCUGUCCCUAUUAGUAUGCAAGCAAACAAAAGUGUCUCUGACCCAAAUAACAAUCAAAAAUUGACUAAUUCAAUAGAAAACACAGUGGUGCAGCAUGACAACCAAAACAUUUUGAAAACAUCAAGCAAAGAGACACAAAAACAGUCCAGCAGCUCCCUAUCCAUUAAAAGUUCCCCUUUAAAGAAAGAGAUUGUAGAUACUAGGUCACUUGAUCCAAGUCAAGACAAUGAAUUGUUCUAUGCAGGAUCCUGGCCUGGAGAUCAGUACAGAAACCAGGAAACUCAGACAGGCUCUCCAGAAGUUUCCAGAAAUACCCAUCCUCCUGCAAAUGACCAUCCCUCCAGUUACACAAUCACUGAUAAUGAUGAUGGAACCAACUGUAGUGGCAAUUACGGAUAUCCCAUGAUAGGUCAAAAGGAUCUCAACCCUUCCAGCAACAGCGCAUUCUCCAGAACUGGGACUGGAAGUAGUUCAAAUAUAAGGAGCCCAACUCUACCCCAGCCAGCAUCAAUUCCACCAUCUCCAGACCGUCAACCUUUGCUGAGAAAGACUAAGCAAACAGCAGAUGGUCAAGAAGUUUUUGGACAGUUCUUGUUAAAGCCAGUCAACAGACGAAAAUGGGAUGCAAUUGGGGAGCUUGAGUCUUUUAAUAAGGAAAUACAGGAUCAUACUGGGAAGUAUCCAAAUGUUGACCAGAAUAUAGAGGAGCUGGAUGAGGCAUUGAACAGUAUUUUGGAGCUGAGUAACACAAGCAGAGAGGUCAACAAUACAAAACAGGAAACCACCCCAGUUCACGUGAAGAAAGAAACUGAUCAGCAGUCACAUAUAGUGCAGGUCACAGAGGCGCAACUGAAAAGCAAUAACUUAAAUGUAAUGUCCAAUUCAGGGAAAAGAGGCCAUCCAGAAUACAAAGGAACAAAAAGUUCUUUGUCCAAGGCAAAGGUGGACAGCCAGACGCAAGAGAUACCUGUCACCAAAACUGAUAAUUAUGUAAACUUUGAGAUUCUGCAAAUGGAGGACACAGAUCCACUGAUACAUCGGCAGGAUAUCCCAGUGCCAAAGGAGUCCUUGCUUAAGGAUGUUGGUUUAACAGUAUACACUGCCGUUCCAGACACUGUGACGUCUGGAUCCCCGACAUGCCUGAGUCCUGAGUCACCUAUGUUAACCAGCCCUUCAGAUAACUCAGAGAUGUGUGAGACCUUGCAGAUUACAUCAUCAGACAGUAGCGGAGAUCUGAGCAGGCACAGCCCUGAGUUUGCCGAAGGUACUCAAAGCCUGAACAAUAAUAAUGCCUUCAACUCCAAAGCCCUCAAAAAGGAAGCUAGGAGAGGAAGCACAGAGGUUUCUAGAUCAGGGAGGUCCUCACGCAUCCAUGUGAUCAAGAGUCUUCAUUGUAGGUUUAAGGCUAAUUAUGAGGAUGAUGACGAUGAAAAUUUAUAUUCAGAUUAUAUGACCUGGAGUAAUGAAAAGACCUUGGCAGAUGAACAUCUUGAGACUCUUUUGAGUCAAGAGAAGGCCAACAAUAUGCAGACCGAAGACCUUACUAAUCUGUACCAAGUCCAGUGUGCCAAAGGCAUUCCUGAAAAUGAAUCCAUUGAACAACGGGCUGCCAGGAUUCUCGGCAUUGCAGUGCCAGUUGAAGCCUUGGUUGUUGAUCAGGUUGAUGGGAAACCAGUAGAAAGAAAUUUGAUAACCACAGAUGCUCCAGCUUUGGCAACGCAAACCAAAGAGAUGCGCUUAAAUGAGGAGAUGCAGAAUGUCAGUAGAGAGUUUGAGGAGGUGCCAGAUAGGUCUAUGGAAAGUUAUGGAGAUGUGUUAGAGGGAGGACUAGGAGAGGAGUCUGGAGAUUUAUCUAGUGCUGAGAAGCAUAGCCAGAGGGUCUCCUCAGUGUUGGAGCUCCCAGAGUUUCCUCCGAGUAAUUUAUGCUUGUCGCUUCCACUUGCCGAGGAUGAGGAAUUGACUCUUAGUGUAGGUGGGGGAGACAAGAAGGAGACAGUUAAUGCUGAGAUAACAGAGGCGCCAGAGGACCAGUUGCAGGUAUAUUGCUCAUCUCCACAGUCCCCCUCAUCCACAAAUGAUCAAGCAUCCCUGGAGUACAAUCUCUAUGCAAAAGAAGAAAGCUCUCAGUCAUUAGUGAGAACUAUCACCAGGAUCACCUUGGCCAAAGAGGCAGACAUGGAAGAAGAGGGAGCAGAACUAAAAGAAUCAGCUAAAGUGGAUGAAACGCUAGUGGAAGAAAACCAAUAUGGUGAGAAUGCAGUCGGAGAAAACAAAGACAUGACCAGUUAUAUGCAAGAAGAGGAUGAGGAAACGGUUCAGGAGGAAGUGUUAGCUGAAGAGCUGAUACAAGCAAGAUCAAGGCAGCAACCAAAGACUAUGGCACGUCCAAUCCCACAACCCCGUAGUGGCAUGGUAGCAAAGCGAGAGAUCACUUUGCCACAAGGAUUCAACAUGCAUAAUACAAUGUCUGCAAUAGAGGAUGAUGACAAGCUGUUUAUUUCAGAUGGAUAUGACCCAAGUCGUGUGGAGAGAGUCUGAACUUGGACACUGUCAGAGCAAACCUUGUGACUUUACCUGAAUACACGCUGUAAACAAACACUCAUUUAAAACUGGACGUGAUGUAGGCUAGAACCACUCACUAUUAAAAAUAGUCACAGAAGUUUAUAAGCAGGUCUAUGGACUUCAUGCCGCCUAUUAAGACUAUUAAUUCCGGGAACCUCUAUGACCUGUUGAUGGCUGGAAUAGCUAAGAUGUUUAUCAAUGAUAUAUGAAUGUAUAAUGUAUAUCAAGUAAAGCUCAGACAUUACACAAAUAGCUACAAAUCAGUCUGUAUAGACUUAAUAAUUUUCUAAAGUUUCUCUGCACCAGCAAAUGCUGGAGUUCUGUUGGGCUUUCACAGAACACAGUGUCAUUGUGCCAACAGCGACAAGAAAGACACAAAAGCUUGCACUUCUCAUUUUCUGCAGUAUUACCAAUGAGAGAACGGAGAGAGAGGCCUUGAUGUAACAAAGCAAUGAACUGGACUGGCGAGGUAGCAGCCGAAUCAGUGACAUUACACUGUGCUUUUAAACACAGAUAAAUAUUUUUGUAAGAAAUGUUAAAAGGAAAGUGUGAUUAUCUGUUUUACAGGUUGAAGAAACCAUGUGUGUCACUGUGGUAAAACUGCAAUACAAAAUAAGAUUUUUUUGAACGUUAUGAAAUAGGCUGCUUUUACCCAAAAGAGGCAGCUAAGAAGAAAGCUGAACAGAGGCAAAGAUUUAAGGAUAUUUUGUGUGUGAAAUCUUGGUCUCCAGCAACUUUAAUCUUAACUGCAGUGAUUUUAGUUUCCAUAGUUAUUGAUUUAAAAUUACUCCCUGCACUUAAGAGUUUUCAUAUCUCAUACGCAGUUUGAGCUUUUCAGAAUAGCAAUCUGACAAUGUAUCAUCUCACCACAAAAUGCAAUCAAAAAAAAAAGAAGAAGAAAAAUGUAUUUAUUUUUAUCAAGCUAUCAACAAUCUGUACAGAUGAAUAUAUAUUCGAAAAAGUGUUUUUAUUUUACCUUGUGAGUUUGUUUGCUUGCUUACAAUCAUUAUGGAUAUACCAUAUCUGAAUGUCUAUUAUCUUGUAUUACUCUGGCAAUGAAUGAUUCUUUUAUUGUGCCGUGUGGCGUGCUUUUUGUUGCACAAAUGUCAGAAAGUGUUAUGUGUGUUUCUUUAUGCACAUAUGAAGUAUUCUGCAUCUUAAGUUCUGAAAGCUUACUCAUAUUGUGAGUAUACAUACCGGAUGUAGUGCUUGUUAACUAGUUUAAUUGCUUGGUUACUUUCUGUUAUGACUCUGUACUUGCAUAGUUGAGGUGGACAACAGUUUCUCAAUGAUAUUUCCAUCACAUGGUUUAUAUAAAGUGCACUAAAAUGAAUUUAAGUAAAAGCGAAGUAAUUAGCGUAUCCAAAAACUGGAAAUAGUAGUCUCCGCCAAAAACUCCAGAAAAGUCAUUGCCUCCUUUUCCUCUGAAUAUAGUUAUUGUUAUGGAUAAGGGUGCAAAUACCAUAAUGUUAUAGUAAUAUUACUAUUGAUAUUUGCCAUAAGCAUAAUUAUAAUAAACCAUGAAUUCAUGCAAAUAGAUGUUCUGUAGUCAGUGGAUAGGGAAAAAUAAGACACAGCAUUAAUCACAUUUACUUUUUGUAAGUUGGCAUCAAAUUAUUGUUGUAAGUAGUCCUUGAUUGUUUAUACCAUUUUGUACCAUUUUGUUUUUCAAAACAGAUGAUUAUAUUGUUGCAUAUAACGUAUAUGGCAUUUAAUAUCUUUUUCUAUUUUCAUACAGAAACUGUACAUGAUUAUUUUGUAUUGGGUUGGAAUUGAUUUGCUUUCUCUGCAUGAGAUAAGAGAUGUAAACUGGGGUCAGGAAAAUGUUUUGCAUACAACUGCGUUUGGUACUACAUUAAAAAUAUAUUCAUUAUAUUACAUUGUGCACAUUUUUAUCCUGCUAAAAAAGCUUUGAACAGUAUUUAAAUUCAAAACAAGCUAUUUUUUGAAUAUUUUACAGAAAGGGGAGUGUUUACUGUGCACCUCAGUAUUGGGUGAAUGUGAAUGAAAUGUUUGAGAGGAAACUCCUUUGUACAUUAUAGUAGAUUGCUCAUUAAUAAACUCCUUGCAUGGA